AUGUCCGUGAAAGCACCACAGGCAAACUUACAAGAAGAAGAAACUGUAUUGUUACCCCACAGGCCUCCCCCAAAAGUGCCAGGUCCCAGACCUGUUCCUCUACAACGAUCUGGAGUCAAAUCAGAAUCUCUACUUAAUCCAGAACAGAAGACAGAGCAACUUAAGCCACCAAGUGAAAAGAACUCGCCACAAGUACCUCCAAAAUUGGCACAUCAUGCUGCAGCAUCAGAUGGUUUAAUACCUUUGAGGCCUCCUCCACGAGUACCUCCAAAACCAAAACCAGAGCCAUCAGUGAAUUUGGCUGAUCAAGAAAAACUUUCAGAUCUUAAUAUGUUAUCUGCAUCUGUUGAAAAAAUUGAGGUAUCAGGAAUAAGUGAUCCUGUCCUAUUGCAGCCUGGUGAAAUAUUGGUGGUGUGUAUGGAAACCCAUCCUACAAAACAGGCAGAAACUGAUGUUGAGUCUACAGUUUCAAUUAGCACACUUGAAGACAGGCCUAAAUUGGAUCUGAACAAUGUAUCUAUUUCAGCAGCUCUUUUGACAUCCAGACCAGAGGCGCAGGUGGACACUGCUUGCUCUGCAGACGUCUCAACCAAUGCAUUGAUUUCAAAAAAGGAGCACGAAGUAGAAACUGCAGACACAAGUGAAACUCUUAAAAUGUGCCCAAUACCCAAACCAAGGACAAUGCUGCCUUCUCAAAUUGUAAAAAAUAAAGAAGGUGACAAGAUACUUUCAACAACCAAAAAUAAUUGCACAUCUGAAUGUAAUUCAUUUAUCCCAGCAGUGCCACCACGGAGAAAAAAGUCUGCUCCUGCCGCUUUCCACCUUCAGGUGUUACAAAGCAACAAAAGUUUGCUUCAGGUUGAUGUAUCCUCAAAUUCCAAUAACAACAACAAUCAUAGCGAAGGAUGUCUAAUAGACAUAGAUAUGGAUUUAGCUGAGACUGUAAGCACAAAAGGUGACAGUAAUCACUUUGCCAGCCACACUAAACCACUAGAGCCACAAAGAAGCUGGUCUUCUAAGGAAUUAGAUGUUCUAGAUUUUGAUGAUAAGAAAUUAGUUCAGUCAUCAAAUGAUGAUAUGUCUUCUGUACAGUUUACGGACAAUUGGCUAAUGGGCCAAGAUGAGGAAAAAAGUGAAAAUACUAUUUUCAAGAGUAGUUGUGAUUCUCCUUGGUAA